AUUAUACUAAGCUAUGCUAAAAGUGGUACCGCAGACCUGGAGAUCGGCAGAAUGGAUUCCAAAAUGGUAAAAAGCAAAUGUUUAAGUCUAAGGCAGCUGGAAAAUGAGCCUAUUUUUAAUAAAAGUUAAGUUGUGUGUCCCUUUAAAUUCAAUUGAACUGUUUUCACAUGCAAUGUGAUGUCUAAACCUAGGGCUCUGGGAAAACUGGCGAAGGACAAGCCUAACACCUGGGACCUGUAUUUGGAUGCAGUGAUGUUCGGAAUCAGGACAAAAAAACAGAUAACUACCAAACACUCUCCUUAUUUCCUUAUGUUUGGGAGAGAGGCACGCUACCCCUCAGAAAUUCCUGAGCACUACCAGGUUGACAGGGCAGUGGAGGAAGUGGUUGCAAAAGAGGAUGUGUUCUCUGGAAUACACCAGCAAGAAAAAAUAUUCCAGGUUUUACGAAAACAAAAUCUGGAUGCAGUAGAGAGAAAAAAUCAAGAAAGCAGAGAAAAAAACCAGGGUCCACUGUUUAACACUGGUGAUCUAGUAUGGCGACAGAAUGUUAGAUCACAGCAACGAAAAGGAGGAAAGCUUGAUCCUGACUUUCUUGGGCCUUUUACAGUUUCCAGAGUUGAGGGAAAAUCUGUUGACCUUGUGGAUAGCUGUGGCAAGGUGCUCCCAAAGGUCAGCAUGGACCAUCUGAAGCCAUAUUUAGAGGAGAUGCCAAGAAUCCCUCAUAAGAUUAAGGCAAAGAAAAAUGGUCAAGACACCACCACUGCCUCCACCACCACCAUCACUGACUCCACUACUUCUGCUGCCACUUUCAUCACUGGCUCCACUAAUACCACCACCGCCUCUGCUGCCACUGUCACUGGCUCCACUAAUACCACCACCGCCUCUGCUGCCACCGUCACUGGCUCCACUAAUACCACCACCGCCUCUGCUGCCACCAUCACUGGCUCCACUAAUACCACCACCGCCUCUGCUGCCACCGUCACUGGCUCCACUAAUACCACCACCGCCUCUGCUGCCCCCGUCACUGGCUCCACUAAUACCACCACCGCCUCUGCUGCCCCCGUCACUGGCUCCACUAAUACCACCACCGCCUCUGCUGCCCCCGUUACUAGCUCCACUAAUACCACCACCGCCUCUGCUGCCACCGUCACUGGCUCCACUAAUACCACCACCGCCUCUGCUGCCACCGUCACUGGCUCCACUAAUACCACCACCGCCUCUGCUGCCCCCGUCACUGGCUCCACUAAUACCACCACCGCCUCUGCUGCCACCGUCACUGGCUCCACUAAUACCACCACCGCCUCUGCUGCCCCCGUCACUGGCUCCACUAAUACCACCACCGCCUCUGCUGCCCCCGUCACUGGCUCCACUAAUACCACCACCGCCUCUGCUGCCACCGUCACUGGCUCCACUAAUACCACCACCGCCUCUGCUGCCACCGUCACUGGCUCCACUAAUACCACCACCGCCUCUGCUGCCACCGUCACUGGCUCCACUAAUACCACCACCGCCUCUGCUGCCCCCGUCACUAGCUCCACUAAUACCACCACCGCCUCUGCUGCCACCGUCACUGGCUCCACUAAUAACACCACCGCCUCUGCUGCCCCCGUCACUAGCUCCACUAAUACCACCACCGCCUCUGCUGCCACCAUUACUGCCACCACCGGAUCCUCCAAUUCAGUUGAAAAUUACAUAAGAGAUGCUUGGAAUGGGAAGUCUUUUCACCUGCUACUCUCAAGAAUAGGACCGUAUAAAUUUUUUUUAGCAAGAACUGCCCCAAAUAUGGAAUUAGAGGAUUCGGUUGUGAAUUCAUAUUUAUUGAUUCUCGUGAGAAGAUAUAAUAGUACCCAUCUGGAGCAGGCAGUCUCCAUAGAUUCAUUUGAAAUGUCUAGAAUCUGGAGAAAUGAAAAGUCCAAAUUGAAGAUUGAUCCCAUGAGGUUUAACCUUCUUUUGGGUAUUGUGAAUGAACACCAUCAUUGGAUUCUAAUGAUACUUUUCCCACAACAGCAGAGGACGAUUCUGCUGGAUCCUUUCAGAGCAUCCCCUUCAAAGCUGAGAAGAUGUCUUAAAUCCACAAGGACAUUCAUACAGGACAGAGGUUAUCCACCAGAAAAGUGGACCUGUAAAACACUUCCUCAUCCAUUGUAAAGAGAUUCAACUUCAUGUGGAGUGUUUUCCCUGAAAUUUGCUGAAAAGAUCCUUUGUGAUGAGACAGUUGACCGAAUUGAAUUCCCUUCAAGUCAAGAUGACAUUGAAAAGUACAGGAAGGAGAUAGCUCGCACAGUUCUUGAAGAGUCAGAUGAUCUGUCAAAGAUGUGUCACUACUGCGGCUUGCAAGAUGAAUUACCACCUAAAAGUUCUACAAACAAACAUGACUCCACUAUCAACUGGAUUGUGUGAAAACUGCGGCAGAUGGUUUCAUCAGGACUGGAAAUGUGAAUACCUUCCUUUGCCCAGAAUGCAUUUAAACUUGCGUUAACUUUUACCUCUACCCUUUUAAUCUAUCAUCAUCUUAGUCUUGCACAUAGUAUACAAUUUAAUGUUGUGCUAGUCUGAAUUAGUAUUAUAUAGUUAUUUAAUGAUUCUUCGUACUAUUGUGUAAAUAUAUUACAUUGUCUGUAAAUCUUCUUGUGAUAAAGCAUUUUGACCUGAUGUUAACACUUACACACAUACAGCAGGG